UCUUUGGUCCUCUACCCCGCACACGCGACCAAAAUGCUACGACAGCUGUCAAAAGUAGUUCCCGGGCUUGAACUGCUACGAUCUUCUUCUACUAGCAUCGGAAUAUUACCGGCAACUUGCAAUCUUUCGCGAACAACGCUUCCCAAAAGGCAAUCUAUCCUCCGAACAACAAUCUUCAGAAUGUCCACCGAGGCUCAGGAUACAAAGCGCUUCAAGGAAGAUGACAGCACCCGUCAGCUGGUAAUCGGAACGCACGAUGGCAUAUUCCACUGUGACGAAGUGUUGGCCUGUUUCAUGCUACAGCAACUGCCCAAAUAUGCCAACGCUACCGUCACCCGGACCCGAAAGCAGGAGUUGCUGGAUCAGUGCGACAUUGUGGUGGAUGUUGGGGCCGUGUUUGAUCGGGACCAAAAUAGGUUCGACCAUCAUCAGGCAAGCUUUAACGAUACGCUGAACUCGCUGCGACCGGAACUCAAAGUUAAGCGGGAAAUUCGACUAAGUUCUGCCGGGCUGAUCUACACCUAUUUCGGAGAGGAUGUAAUACGCCAGAUUCUGAAGGCGAACGGAAUUGAAAGCGCGAGUGACGACUUGGUUCGGGGAGUCUUCCGUAAACUGUACGACACCUUGAUAGCGGAAAUCGAUGCCAUCGACAAUGGAGUUCCGAUGUUCGAUGGAGAGCCCAAGUACUCAAUUAACACCCACCUAAGCGCACGUGUAAGUCACUUUAAUCCGGCUUGGAACGAAGAUGCUGGCGACGACACGGAUGCCAUGAAGCGAUUCGAGAAGGCCAAGGCUUACGUCGGACAAGAGUUCAUCGACAAGGUGCUGUAUUACGCCGUUAGAUGGUGGCCAGCUAGGGAAUUGGUCGAAAAUGCCGUUAAAAAGCGCAUGGAAGUGCACGCUUCCGGUGAGAUUCUGGAACUGGAAAUGCUCUGUCCGUGGAAGGAGCACUUGUACGAAUUGGAAGACCAGUACGAUAUUGCCGGAGUUCCAAAGUACGUAAUAUACUUCAACAAAGAAAAUGAUUGGCGCGUGAUUUGCGUACCACUUCAACCUGCUAGCUUCGUAUGCAGGAAGUUCCUAGCUGCCCCAUGGCGUGGAGUGCGCGACAAGGAACUGGAGAGUGUGUCCGGUAUUGAAGGAAUCACAUUCUGCCACCAAACGGGAUUCAUCGGAGGAAACACAACGAGAGAAGGCGCUUUGAAGAUGGCGGUAGCUAGCUUAGAGGCAAAGGAAUAAAGUUUUUGGCUCAACAUAAGGCAGUGCGGGAAAUCAUUGUACUCAUCAAUUAUACCCUAUAAACUUGAAGAAGCAAA